GGUCCCACCCCACCCUCAGAAGCUCGACCGCAGCUCCUCUGUUGACCAAAAAUGGGAAGCUGGAGGGUGAGGUUGUCUCGGUUAUGAGAUACUGGAUAACAGCUCUACACUAGCUGUAUUUGCAAGAAGGGUCGCAAACGUAGCAGGAACUGCGACCCCAUUCGACACCAUUCAAAUCACCAAAGACUGGACCUCUGUUCUACAGAUGAUUCAAUCACCCUACACUAACCCACCCGACUCACAGAUGCAACCAGACGAGCAAUUUCUCCGAGUCCUUACUUGCAACGCCUCAGGCUCACCACUUAUUUCAACUCUGAAGUCCCCCUUCCAAAACUGGCUUAUCAUAAACUUGGAAUCUCUUUACCAAGUCUCCCCGGAAGCCAACGCCAUGGAUGCCGCAGUAUUGGGCAGUUUCCGACAAAUGGAUGACUUCACUGCAAUCAGCAAUGCAGAGGCAAGAAGGCUCGAUUGGGACGCUUUGAGUAAUAUACGGCUCAAGGACUUUUCUUACGCCUCGAGAAGACUGACUAUAAGAUAUGAAGUCAACGAGGAGCAUCGACGCAAAAUCUACGACGAGACGAAAAAGGCGAUGGCAGAGCUAUGGAGCGCAAAUCCGAGAGGACUUUUCCCUAGUCCGGCGCAAGUUCGCGAGACAAUAGAUAGCUGCGAGACAGUGGAGUUGGAGUCCGACAGAAGCAAGACGAAAUCGAAGCACAAGCCCACUAGUUCCGUAUAGCUAUAGGCGCCAAUUUAGAUUCUCGAGUCCUUAAAACCAAUGACGGCCAUGUUGGGCUGGGGCCUCAAAGUGUUAGCGUCGGUGAU